CUUUAGAUCAUCGGCCCUAGGGUGGAGAUGCUCGCCUUCAAGCCCUCGGCCUGAUGGUCUUCUUUAGAUCCUCGUCCUCUGGGGUGGAGAUGCUCGUCUUCAAGCCCUCGGCCUGAUGGUCUUCUUUAGAUCUUCGGCCUCUGGGGUGGAGAUGCUCGUCACUAAGCCCUCGGCCUCUGGGGUGGAGAUGCUCGUCUCCAAGCCUUAGGCGUGCUGGUGAAAGACGUUAGUCUUUGGGCCCUCGGCCUCCGGGUGGAGAAGUUCAUCUCUAGGCCCUUGGCACCAAGGUUCAUUCUGAGCAUCAUCUGUUAUCGGUUGUUCUGAUUAUUAUCUUUAUCUCCACAAUGAGCAUAGUAAUGCAGCCAAAUGGAUGGACAAUAUGUAUAUGUGUACACCUCUUUUUUUUGUAAGUCGGUUUGGGGCUCUUCCGGGUGUGACGGUCGGCCUCGGGGUACUGAUAUCCGUUAUAUUUACUUGUGUUUAACAUAAGUAUUUAUAAGUAUUUGUUGAAGAAAAGAAGAGAAAUCGGGCAAAUACCUCCAGAAUGAGAGCUUGAUCAUAAAACAUUGCGAUGAACGACUUUUUGGACCAAGAGAAUGACGUUCUGCCCAUAAUUUGAGUAUAACGUAUUCUAUAGAACUCGAAAUCACUCGAUUCGAGUUUCAUGUGAAUGCUAACUCAAUAAGGUACAAAUGUUAUGAAGACGUCAUGACCAAAAUAUGAAAGGAACAAGACUCAAUCAACCAACAAAGUCAGAUGUUGCUGGUGGGAUUUCAGGAUGCAUACCUCUCAGUGUUUUAUCCAUAUCUCUUGAUUGGCUGAAUAAAAUCAUGUCAUUCAAGUUUUGUUGGAUAGAAGACUUCAUUAUCUACAACUUUGGUGAAGGAAUCAUGUCCAAAUUCGUAGCGGAACAUCCCCAAAAUCCCAGGACAAAACCGGCACCGGAAUUUGCACCAAACCGGCGCCCGUUUGUUGAUUUUCACAUGUACACAAACCAGUAGCUUACCCGGCGCCGGGUAGGCCUUAUACCCGGCGCCGGGUAGGCCAAAAUUUCAGAUUUCCCUGCGCACAAUGAAGAACCGGCGCCGGGUAGGCCUGAACCCGGCGCCGGGUAGGUCUGAUCCUGCAAAUACAAAAGAACGUGCUGAAAUAUUUUGAUGGAAAAAACUCACCUUCCUCAUGAGCUAAUCAAAUAUAUCUUCCAUGCUUGAUUGUUGGGCUCGAAUAGACUAAUAUAUGUCAAUCUUUAGCCUAUAUAAAGCCCCCAAUUCAUCAAACAAGAGCAUCAUUCCAUCUUUGGAGCUAAAAAUUCAAUUUUUAUAUUUCCUUUUUACAUUUUCUUGAAGUGUUGGAGAAGAAGCCAUUUCUCUCCUCUACAAUUGGUUCUAGAUAUUCCCUUGUGUUUGCAUGCAAUUGAGAGGUCAAGGUUCUAAAAUUCUUGAACCACUUGAUCUUGAAAUAGAAAAAACUUGCAAACACAUUCGAAGGGAGCAAAAAGCUACAAAGAUGUUGCCAACUUUGAAUGAGAGGAAGAGACCCGUGGUGGCCGCUACGCCGUCUUGCAUCACCUUGAGCGAGGAAGCAAGAGACUAUGAGCUAAGGCAAAGCUACUUCAACGCUAUGCCUCAUUUUCAUGGUUUGCUUGGGGAAAAUCCACUCAACUUCAUCACGGAGUUCUACGGAUUCAUUCAAGGAAUCCCUAGAAAUGGCUUGGCGGAGGAUCAACUCAAGCUCAAAUGCUUCCCCUAUACUCUCAAAGGGGCGGCAAGAGGAUGGUUCCUAGAGCAAGCUCCGGCAAGCUACACAACAUGGGAAGGUAUAUACAAUGCCUUCAUGUCUAAAUACUACACGCCCACCAUGACUCAAGAGCUUAGACAACGCAUUUUCAAUUUCAAACAACAAAAUGGUGAGCUCUUUCAAGAUGCAUGGCGGCGUUUCAAAUCAUUGCUAAGGGAAUGCCCACAUCACCGCAUUCCCCUAGACCUUCAAAUUGACACGUUCUACAAUGGCUUGAAUGCAUCUUGUCAAGCCAUUGUGGACAACCGAGCCGAGGGCUAUAUUGGCAAAAGAAUGAAACUGAAGCACUCCGAAUCAUUGAAUCCAUUGCUUCGAAUCCUCAACUCCAAGGAGGUGAUUACAAAGUGGUCGGGAUUAAUGAAAUCUCUAUCACGACGGAGAUAAACAAAAGGCUUGAAGAAAUGGAAUCGAAGAUUGAGCAAAAGUUCCAAACGGCUCUACAAGCCGUAUUGGGAGGAGUCAAACGAAUAGCCAACGUGGAGAGCAUACCAAGCCCGGAAAGUGAUUUAUCUCAACAACUUGAAGAGGUAAAUUAUAUGAACUCUUAUGGGAAUCGGGGGAACAAUAACUAUUCAAAUCAACAAAGGUGGAAGCCACAAGCUAGUUCCUCACAACCCCAAUCCGGAGUACCUAAUUUUGGGCAACCCAAGGAGACUACCAUGGAGGAUAUGAUGCAAUUCAUGUCCAAAAGCAUGGCGAGCAUGAAGGCCCGAAAUGAGGAAAACCACCAUAGAGUGGAGGCAUCCAUUGGGAAUCUCCACUCUCAAUUCAACAAGUUGGAUCUUCGCUUUGAAGAUCAAAAUAUAAAGCUCAACCAACGCAUUGAUACCAUCGAACAAUAUACCAAGGCGUCCAUCCGGAAUCUUGAAGUUCAAAUGGGCAACUCGCUAAAAAAGUGAGUUCUAGAGAGCAAGGCAAAUUCCCUACAACUACGGAGGUAAACCCGAGGGAGAGCGUCAUGGCCAUUACCACAAGAAGUGGGAGACAAACGGAGGACCCCAAGAUGUCGGGGAGAAGAAAGAUACCGGAGAAACAAGAAGAGGUUUCACAUACACCGUUGGCACCUAUUAUGCCUCAAUAUGUUCCUCUCAUCCCCUAUCCACAAAAGUUGAAGAAGAAAGGAGAUGAGAAGAAACACAAGAAAAUUCUUGAUAUUUUCAAGAAAUUGAGCAUCAACAUACCUUUUGCGGAGGCCAUUGCGGAGAUUCCAUCAUACGCAAAAUUUCUCAAAGGCAUCAUCUCCAACAAAAAGAAGUUAGAGGAAUUCGCAACUGUGGCACUAACGGAGGAAUGUAGUGCUAUUAUUCAAAACAAACUUCCUCCAAAACUAAAAGACCCCGGAAGCUUCACUAUUCCAUGCUCUAUCGGAAAAGUCGGGGAGGUAAAGUCUCUUUGUGACCUUGGAGCUAACAUAAAUCUCAUGCCCUACUCCCUAUUUAAAAAGCUAAGUGUGGGGGAACUCCAACCAACAACGGUUGCUUUGCAAUUAGCGGAUAGAACAAUCCGCUAUCCGAUAGGCAUCAUGGAGGAUGUCCUUGUCAAAGUAGGAAAAUUCUACUUUCCGGUAGAUUUUCUUGUUUUAGACAUGGAAGAAAUUGAGGUUCCCGUCAUCCUUGGGAGACCAUUUUUGGCCACUUCCGCAGCCAUCAUUGAUGUGCAAGCGGGCACCGUAAAGCUAAGAGUGGGAGGAGACAAUGAAACAUUCCAUGUAUGGAAAACACAAUCCAUACCAACUCAAAACAUGGAGGUCAACACAAAUCCUUUCAUCCCUCCCAAGGCCAUAAACAUCAUGAAGGCACAAAUAUUGAGGCCUGAGAGUCCUCAAACACACCACGGGAAUGAAAAGAAUGGACGGACAACUCCAUGGCCUCCCCACGAUCUCAAAAAGGUAACAUUCAUCAAACAUCUUCACAUGUAAAAAGGUACGUUGCGUCCGGCCUAUGACGUUAAACUGAGCGCUAAUUGGGAGGCAACCCAACAAAUUCAAUUAUAAAUAAAUAUGUUUAGUUAAAUACAUAUUCAUAUUUAUUUAUAGUUGAAAACAAAAAAAAAACAAAAAAAAACAAAAAAAAACAAAAAAAAACAAAAAAAAAAACAAAAAAAAAAAUCAUCGAUCUCAGCUCAGAUAUCAUGCAUCUCCUACUCUCACAAGACGGCCCAUUCCGCUAUUGAAGAUUUCAUCCUCCAUUGAAUCCUCCAAUGUACAUUGAGGACAAUGUAACUCAAGUGUGGGGGGUGUAUCUCAUGGUUAGUUAAACAAAUUUUGUGUGCAAAAUAAUAUUUUUUUAGGAAGGUAGAAGUUGUGAUAAUUCUCUUUUUAAUGGGUAUUUGGUUGAGAAAGUUUUUAUUAUUCACAUAAACUAUCAUUUUUUUAGAUUUAUUACACUACUUUUACUCUUGAAAACCAUUCCCAAAAUAAACCUUGUGACUAGGAAACAUCAUCUUCUUCCAUGUCCAAAAAUGGUUUAAGUACAUCUCGAAUAUUCAAGAACCAUUUUGGAAAACAAGCCACCCUCAUGUCUCAUCAAAUAAAUUGGGAUCAUCAAAAUGACUUUCAGAAAAUACUUGUUGAGAACCAAUUCAAAUGAGUUAUAAAAAAAAAACUCAUGGUCUCUUCCAAGAAUUCCAACUGAUCCAAUUCUACACUGAAAAGUCAAAUCCACCAAAAAGCCAUCCUAAACACCCAAAAAAGUCCUAGUCACAAUCCACUCAUCUACUCUCAAGUGUAUAAGUAAAUUUUCUAAAUCUAAUGAUAGUUUUGUGUGUCUAAUAGAAAUUUGGUUUUAGACCGAGAAUGAUAAAGGAGUUUACAUAAUUUUAUACCUCCCUUAAAAAUAAAAUUAUUUUUGUGCAUAUAUUUUUGUUGAAACUAACCAAGGCAUCCAAGGUGAAGAAAUUGCUCGAGGACGAGCAAUGCUCAAGUGUGGGGGGAUUUGAUAGCCGUUAUAUUUACUUGUGUUUAACAUAAGUAUUUAUAAGUAUUUGUUGAAGAAAAGAAGAGAAAUCAGGCAAAUACCUCCAGAAUGAGAGCUUGAUCAUAAAACAUUGCGAUGAACGACUUUUUGGACCAAGAGAAUGACGUUUUGCCCAUAAUUUGAGUAUAACGUAUUCUAUAGAACUCGAAAUCACUCGAUUCGAGUUUCAUGUGAAUGCUAACUCAAUAAGGUACAAAUGUUAUGAAGACGUCAUGACCAAAAUAUGAAAGGAACAAGACUCAAUCAACCAACAAAGUCAGAUGUUGCUGGUGGGAUUUCAGGAUGCAUACCUCUCAGUGUUUUAUCCAUAUCUCUUGAUUGGCUGAAUAAAAUCAUGUCAUUCAAGUUUUGUUGGAUAGAAGACUUCAUUAUCUACAACUUUGGUGAAGGAAUCAUGUCCAAAUUCGUAGCGGAACAUCCCCAAAAUCCCAGGACAAAACCGGCACCGGAAUUUGCACCAAACCGGCGCCCGUUUGUUGAUUUUCACAUGUACACAAACCAGUAGCUUACCCGGCGCCGGGUAGGCCUUAUACCCGGCGCCGGGUAGGCCAAAAUUUCAGAUUUCCCUGCGCACAAUGAAGAACCGGCGCCGGGUAGGCCUGAACCCGGCGCCGGGUAGGUCUGAUCCUGCAAAUACAAAAGAACGUGCUGAAAUAUUUUGAUGGAAAAAACUCACCUUCCUCAUGAGCUAAUCAAAUAUAUCUUCCAUGCUUGAUUGUUGGGCUCGAAUAGACUAAUAUAUGUCAAUCUUUAGCCUAUAUAAAGCCCCCAAUUCAUCAAACAAGAGCAUCAUUCCAUCUUUGGAGCUAAAAAUUCAGUUUUUAUAUUUCCUUUUUACAUUUUCUUGAAGUGUUGGAGAAGAAGCCAUUUCUCUCCUCUACAAUUGGUUCUAGGUAUUAUUUCUUGUAUGUUAUUGUAUUUCCUUUAUCUUAGUUACACUUUUGUAAUUAAUAUGAGCAUUAGAGGCUAAGUUCUUAGCUAAGGCUAGGGAUGAACUUCUAUGCCCACUAGGUGUUUGAUAAAAGUUCUAAACCAAUAAAUUGUGAUUUAUCCUUUACAUUUUGAUUGUUUAUGACUAUGGUGUACAACAUAGAAGUAUGUUAAACUUAGUUUAUGCUUGCAAUUAACGUUGAGGUCUAAACUAUGAACAUUAAAGGAUAAACAUAUAUAUUACCGAGAAUAGAAAUAUAUCCGGUAUUAUAUGAUACGGGUGUGAUGUCUUGAUAUUCAACGGGGUUUUCGGUAGAUGAGUGUAAGCCGUAACGGGACUUACACGUAACAAAAACCACGCUCUCGCUGCCUUAACCGGAGUUGAGAAUAUAUUAGCGACAUCGUAUUCAUAAUUUUUGGUAAAGAACUAAUAUUCAACCCUAUUAAAGCAUUUAAGUGAUUCCCGAAGCCUUAGUUGUUGUUAUCAAUCACUUUAAUCAAAUUAAUUUAAGUUAUAUCUCUGAAAAUUAAAAAGAAGAAUCAAGUUGUUGUUUUCACAACAACACACAACUCAAAAUCCCUGCACUUUACUCAUUUAUUUAUUUAAAGUUAUCUACUCUCGGACUAAAUUAAACAACGUUUCCCUGUGGAUUCGACCCGGUAUUUUACCGGAAAUUAUUACUAUAUCGGCACUUGUACACUUGCAAGUUCAGCCCGGUCAGGUACAAUGACCCUCGGCUUUGCCCGUCACCCAGCCUCUAAUUAUUAAAUUAAAAUGUCGGUGGAAGCUCAUCCCCGAGCUUCGCUCGCCAAUAUUUAUUUCGGGACAUUUUAAUCCCUAAUAAAUAAUGGUGAUAGCAAAUAAUAAUACUACUCACUAUCAAAAUUUAAAUGUAUCGUAUGGGGUACUUAGCUUUUGGAGAUCGAUGGACGUUCGGCCAGUUGGGAUUUUACGAAGCUUGAUUUGGUUCCUUUUGGCAAUUUUGACUUGGACAAAAUUUUCUAGCUAUGAGUUUCCCAAGUUCCAAACUUUGAUAUAGACGUUCUGCCACAGUGAUAGCCUUUACAGGCUUCAAGAUAUACGCUCGGCCAGGAGAUUGGAAGUCAGAUCUGCUCCCCAUUGUCAAUUUGACUUAGUCAACGUUAGCGAUCAUAGGCCCAGGCUUCCUUCAACCUUUCGCCUGGCUCACUAGCCGCGUUGAGAGGGGAUUACGCUCUUCUACCACAGGCCUUGCCACCGAGCGUCGUCAAAAAAUGUGCAGCCGCCGGUGAUGGACGAGCUGCGAAAGGUGAGGCGAGCAUCAGCUGGCCUUAGCGGUCGUCCGAGCUGAGGCCGGUCUAGGAACCGUAUGGCGAUGAGAGCCCGGUGGCGUAUAUGAGCCAGACGGCCAGAGCUGAACGGCUUCUGCAAUGCAGGCUUGGAGCGGAGUCCUCUGAUGGACCGGCUAGUUGGGUAUUCUUGAGAUGGGGACGAGCAGCUGUCGGGGUAGAUUACGCUGUCGGGCGGCGAGCAACAUGGUGCCCAAGUUGACCCCUAUUGUGUGUUGAAAACAUGGAGGCAGCGGGGCCGUGCGGCGCUGCAUGCCGAAGGUGGCCGUUCGACGGAGGGUAGAUACACUUGACGUACGUCCGGGAUUUGCCUGACAUUAAGUUUACAGAUUAUCAAUUCCUUUUGUUGAAUUAAACUGAAAGUCAACAUUGGGUCCCCAGGUUCCAUCAGUCCAUCGGCUAGUAAAUUGAGCAACCUGGAACGACUUCGCUAUGACUACGGGCUGAGGAGGGAGAUUGUCCGAACAGGUCAGGCGGGUCAGGAGAAGGUUUCGGUCUUGAUUCUUGACUCGAGAACUUAUACGAAGGGUUUAGUACGGGUGAAGGGUUCGAAGGGUUAUCAAGCUAAGGGGAUUGGGAUCGGCGAUCUUCUGGUUUGAAGUUUUCCGAAAUAGUUAGUGUAGCGGCCAUGAGGUUUGCGGUGUGAGAGUUGUAGGGCAUGACGGUGAAGAUGAUGACUGCACGUGGUUAUUGGGGAUCACGUGUGGGACGAGGAGAGUUGCAUGGGUUUUGAAUAGGCCACCGUUUGAUCGACAAUGGAGGAUCAACUAGUGAGGUACCAAUAGAACGGCCUCCUCCUGAACCACCGUCAUGGGUUGUGCGAGAGGCUAGAGUCCGUGAAAGUUUUCCAAUAAAUUUUUAUUAUUUCGUCAUUUGAUUUCUUGUUGUCAUCUUUGUUGCUAGGUUUGUCAGUUUGUUUGGGAAUUUAGCCUGGUUUUAUGUCUUUGAGUAUGUUUGGAUCUAUGGGAACAUGGAUGGACGUGUCAAGCCUGUUACUUGGUUAGCGAUUCGGGUUGCUGAGGUGACCGUUUCUAAGUCUGAUCAUAGCAUUUACAAUCGUAAUUGUUGGAGUCUAGUAGUUGGUGUCAGUUUUGUUCUUCCUUUGAUUGAUGUAAUGAUCCUGAAACUCAUGAUAUAAAAGGCUUUAUUUCGAUGAUAAAAAAAAGUAUUGAUUUUUAACUGUGGAAGCCAUAGGCUUCUCGCUCCCUAGGAACUUUGUGAGAGCCGCCACCAAACGUGGUUUCAUCGAGGAAUUUUGACGGCGAUUCAUGGGUGUGUUAUUAUUGUUAUUAUUGUUAUUAUUGUUGUUAUUGUUGUUAUUGUUAUUGUUAUUGUUAUUGUUAUUGUUAUUGUUAUUGUUAUUGUUAUU